AUGGCGGCAACAAAAGGUGCAGCAAAAGCCGCGGUCCCCGCCCGGAGACUGACCAAGGAGGAGCUGGUCAAAACACACGCGACACACCUGAAGAAGCAGAACAACUCGCCAAAUGCGCCGCGGCCAGUGAAGCAACCCGUCAUUUCGGACGCGUAUCCGGCAUCGACGAAGUCCAUCAGAGAACUCGAGAUUAUCCCAUUAAGUGAGCUGCAGCCAGAGACGCACCACCGGGGCAAGGGCAUCAUCGUCAGGGCCGUUAGCCCACCGUUUCUGGGAGCCGGCGCGGUCAGCAUCGUGGAGGACGAGUUCGGCAAUGCCGACAAGCUGGCCAUUUACAACCAGCCCGACUCGUCCAUCCUGUCGGCCGUCCCCGAGGGCUGCGUGGUGGCGGUCAAGGAGCCGUACUACAAGAACAACGGCGCGGCGGGCGACUACAUGAUCUGCGUCGACCACCCCUCAGACGUCAUCCUCCUGAGGUUCACCGACCCGAUCAUCCCCGAGGCUCUGAGGCUAGGCCCGCUGCUCAAGACAGCCGACGAGUGGAAAAACGCGGGUGACCGGGCAUUCAUCGAAAAGGACUUCCCGACGGCCGUGUUCUGCUAUACCGAAGCGCUAGAAGCAGCAGCGGACGACGCCACAUUCCAAGCUGCCAUCUACGCCAAGCGCGCCGGCACCAACCUCAUCCUAGGCCGGUACGACGCCGCCAAAGCGGACGCGCUCGCCUCGCGCACGGGCGGGCCCCAAGACUGGAAAGCCUACUUCACCGCCGGCCGCGCCGCCUACGGCCUGUGCAACUACGCCGAGAGCAACACCCUGCUCACCACCGCGCUCGACCUGCAGCCGUCCAACCCGGCCAUCCAGAAGGAACACGCGCGGUGCCAGGCGCGGCUGCACGAGGAAGCCACAGGCGAGUACGACUUCGCGGCGAUGCACGCGUCGCUGGGCGGCGGCGUGCACUUGGACCGGGGGUCCUUCCUGCGGCACACGCGCGUGGCGCCGUCGCGGCACCACGGGCGGGGGCUGUUCGCGACGCGCGACUUCGCGGCGGGCGAGCUGGUGUUCGCGGAGAAGGCGACGCUGAUGCCGAACCAGUACGAGCCGGCGCGGGCGUCGGCGGCGCUGUUCGCGCUCGUGGUGCGCCAGCUGUGCGACAACCCGUCGCUGGCCGGUGCCGUGCUGGCGCUGCACGCCGGCGAGGCCGCCGACGCGGUGCGCACGGGCAUGGAGGGCGCCGUCGUCGACGGCGUGCCCGUCGUCGACGUGUUCGUCGUCGAGGGCAUCCGCACCAAGAACUGCUUCAGCGCGCCGCGCUCGACCCUCGAGGACACCCGCCCGAGCGUGCCCGAGGGCUGGGCCGCCAAGGGCCUGUGGGUGCACGCCAGCCGCAUGAACCACAGCUGCGUGCCGAACACGAUGCGGUCGUUCGUCGGCGACAUGCUGAUCAGUCGCGCCACGCGGGAUAUCAAGGAAGGGGAGGAGCUGUUCCAGCAGUACGUGCCCGUCAAGGCACUGCCGGACGUGCGCAACGAGCAGUUCAAGAAGGGAUGGGGGUUUGAGUGCGAGUGUGCGCUGUGCGCGAGCGAGAGGCGCAGCCCGGAGGCGAUGCUGGCCAAGCGGAAAGAGCUGCUGGCCGCGGUGGAGAAGCUGUGCAACAAGAAGCUGCCGGGCAAGGAGCUGGUGCCGGACGCGACGAUCCGGGCCGUGGACCGCCUGGCGAAGCAGCUCGAGGAUGCGCACGAGCCGGACGUGUACGAGGGGGUGCCGCGGCUGACGCUGAUCUACCCGUGCAACUGGCUAGUCGCGGCGCACCGCGGGCGGAAGAACCAUGCCAAGGUCGUCAAGUAUGCGCUGAAGGUGCUGCGGAAUUUCGGGUUCAAGGUGCCGGAAGAGAGCGAGGCGUGGGACCCGCGGGAGAUGUACGCAAAGUCGGGCGACGCAACGCUCAUGACUGUGCAUGUGGUCGCUGCCCUCAGAACGCUGGCUGAUGCGUACAAGGCGCUGGGUCACGACGAGAUGGCAGAAAGGUGCAUUGAAGCGGCCGAGUUUGGCUACAUGAUAGUCACUGGUUCCAAAAACGAUCUGACGACACUGGAUAAGUAA